CUCUAAGUCCACCUGAUGCAGCUUAAGGAUGGGUCAUACACUUGAGAAGAUGACGGCCUACUGUCCAAUUUCAGGCUGCACACCAGAUAUACCCCACGGACUCGCAAGCUACUUGAGAAAAGAAUUCGAGGGCAGCGCUGGUCCGUUAGUGACGCAGGCUCUCGAGGAGCUGAUCUUAGAGGACAAGGGAAUGAACGAUGUCACCAUCGUCGGCGACCUCGAAACGUUCUCACAUAGAAUGACAGAUCCUACCACGUCACACCAGGUAACGCGAAACGAGGUCCUUCACACUCCCGAAUCCAACAUUCGCGUCGUUCGGCACUGCAAGGCGGGCGAGAGGUGGAGUCUGGGCAUCGUCGACGACCCCGUCGACUCAGGAGACGACACUGGAUUCAUCGCUGUGUUCGGCGUGCUUAUCAUGGUACAGACGUUCUCCCUCCCUAUCCUUCACCUAGCCACGAACGGACGUGUCACCCCCCAGCGUCUCUGGAGGCUUGCAAUGCAUCAGGGGUGGUCCGAAGUAAACCUAUCCGAGUCGGACCGCGGCGUCUAUGGCCUUGUGGGUGUUGACUAUGGCGCGUUAGAGCACGAGAGGAAACAGUAUCCAUCUCCGCUGCCGUGGAUGAUUCCAGCGGAGGCUGCAGCCUUGGAGGAGCUGGGCGAUUGUGAAGCAAUCAAAGAAGUGAUGAUGCAUCGAGGAGGGCUGUGGAUGUGGAUGAGCCCGGACAGGUUUCCUCUGGAAGCCGCACCAGAAGAAAUGGCUCCAUCUCACGUCUCCUCAGUGCUGUCGCCGCCCAAUGCCAACCCAGCGACGAUCGAGAAGUUGCCCUUCGAGCUUCUCUGUGCGAUAGUUCUUGAAGGCCCCCUUUCUUCUCUACUCUCGCUCGCGUCGGCAUCUCGCAGUCUGUACGCUCUAAUCUUGGGUUCUGAAAGUGACAAGAACGCCAUAGCAUCGGCCUGGAUCAUCAAGAACGCGCCAUGGUACGUUCCUGUCGACUGUUCCGACGAAGAAAACACCCAAUCGGAUCUGAAGAGAACCUCUGAUACGUGGACAUACUUACGCAGAUGCCAGGCCAGCGCGUCAAUGCGGAAUAGGGAACGGAUAUGGAGGAUUGCAGAGCAGAUUGAAGCGCUUGCGGAGAGAUGUGAGGUGUGAUAUUUUC